AUGGGGUGUUGUAACAUAUUCAAGCUUCCACGUCGAAAGCAGCGAGAGAAACCUGGAACACCGAUACCGCCGGUUCCUGUGCCGAUCAGUGACGACUCACAAGAGAAGCGGAGCGAGGAGCGGAGCGAGGAGCGGCCGAAAAGUUCCGUCACGACUGAUCUUCAUUCUAAGAGCACCGGGACUCCGGAACCCGCAGCGCAGAGCGUACCCGGACGUCUCUGGAAUCUGGCCUAUGAUCAGCUCAAAGCGAAGAACCCCAGAUUGAUCGAACACUAUGAGGUUAUACUCUCAAGUAGACUCGACGAUCGAGCGCUCGAUGCAACAGACGUUGACCUUCAGACCAAUAAGAUUAGCUCGGGGCUUCACAGAUCGCUUCAAAUGCAACAGCUUGUCGAUACCAGUUUGGAAAGAACAGAGAAGGAAGCUGCCACCAAAGAAGCAGUCGCGCAAGGCCUGCAGAUAUUCGCUGUUGUCAAGGAUAGCGUCGCAACAGCUACCAGAGCCUCACCAGAAGCUUCCGUGGCCUGGGUACCGAUCUGCUUUGCUCUUGACAUACUUUUGAACCCGCUCACUCAAGCUUCUUCAAAUAGAGAAGGAAUCGCCUACGUCGUGUCGAGAAUGGACUGGUACUGGCACCUAGCCGAUCUUCUCCUAGAGAACAAUCAAGAAGUACAACGAUCACAGCCUCUGCAAGAGCAACUUGAGAAGAGUCUCGUGGAACUUUACGCCAGUCUCCUGGAAUACCAGAUAAAGAGCAUAAUCACGUACCAUCGGCGACGUGGCAUCGUCUUCGCAAGGGACCUUAUCAAGUGGGAUGACUGGGAAGGCGAGCUGGCAGCGAUCAAGGACACGGAAGAGUCAAUACGGCAAGACGCAGCGCAAUUCAACACGCUUGAGAUUCGCGAUCAACUUCAGACUAUCGCCAAGAAGGCCGAAUCACAGGAUACCAGCUUGCAUAACAUCGUGUCUAGUAUCCAAGAGCAGACAAGGCGCGCUGUGGAAGAUACGAAGACUGCUGCGGACAACGCAUGUCUUCGUGACUUGUAUUUGACCAAUCCCAGCGACGACAAGAAACGUCUGGAAGAUGCGAAAGGGGGUUUACUAGAUGGCUCUUUUCGAUGGAUUCUGGACAACGCGAUCUAUCAGCGGUGGUGCGAAGACCCUGAUACGCGACUCUUAUGGAUUGAAGGCGCACCUGGUCAGGGCAAGACCAUGCUUAUGUGCGGAAUCAUCGGCGUUCUGAAUCGAACGGUACUAGAUGCUGAUUUACUAUCGUUCUUCUUUUGUCAGAAUUCGGAGCCACGCAACAACGAUGCCAGUGCAGUCUUGCGUGGUCUCAUUCACCAUCUCAUCAGUCAACGAUUAUCGCUUAUACGCCAUGUACGACUGGAGUAUGAUCAUGCGGGCCAAAACUUAUUCACCGACAAGAACUCAUGGAUGGCUCUAUCCAGGAUUCUUACCAACAUGCUAGACGACUGGGAUAUACGCCAGUCCAACAUCUACCUCAUGGUAGACGCUGUUGAUGAAUGCGUCGUGUCCGAAGAUCGCAAAAGGCUUCUGGAGUUGAUUGUGCAGCUUUCCAGAAAGCUUCCACACGUCAAGUGGAUCAUCUCUUCACGCGGCUGGAACGACAUUCGCGAUGUGCUUGCCGAUCAUCGCCCCAUGCUUCGCCUUGCACUAAAUCCUAAAUCUGAAGUAACCCUGGAGGCGAUCAACACCUACAUCGAGUAUAAAGUUAGGGUUUUGGCUAAGAAGAAGAGAUUGGAUCCGUCGAACGAAGCAGCUAUCCGGGACUACUUGAUUGACAAUGCCGGAGGGACAUUCUUGUGGGUAGCCUUGGUCUGCCAGAAGCUCGAAGGCCAUACGGGCGUACGUUAUAAAGAGAUCAUGCAAGCCUUUCCCCCUGGGCUUAAAGAGCUGUACAAGAGGAUGCUCCAGCAGAUUGAGUGCUUGGACGAGCCCGAAGCAAAUCUCUGCAAGUUCGUACUCUCGGUUGUAACAAUAGCCGUCCGACCUCUGCAUCUUUCAGAACUAGCAAGCCUUUUGAAGGAGCUCGACCAUAUCGCUGAUAAAGAAGCGGAAUCAAGGGAUAUACUCGGCGCCUGUGGAUCGUUCUUGUCGCUCCACAAUGGGAGGGUCGUCUUCGUCCACCAGUCGGCGAAAGACUAUCUCACAGGUGACGCUCGCAAGAUCGUAUUCCCAAAAGGACAAAAGGUCAUUCACGCUGCUAUAGUAGCUCGGUCCAUGGAGUUGCUAUCACAGUUUUAUCAGAAACCGUAUCGACGAGGGGAAACAUACGGUGGAAUCCAUCUUAUCUACCUCGCGUGUUAUUGGCCAUCUCAUGCCAUACGCAGCAAAGAUAAGAUCACGGCUCAUCUAUACUCUGGCCAAGGACCCGUUUGCACAUUCUUACGACAGCACGAGCAGCGAUGGCUUGAUGAAGUAGGUCCAGAGACAGGACGUCAGGAGGCUGCGGAUCUUUGGACAGAAUUCCUGAACAAGGUGAGUUCAAAUAAGGCCUGUGGAUCAGCCAUCUUCUAA